AUGUACCUACAAGAUAACAAGUUGUUAACUUUCAAACUACCAUCUACUUGCUUACCAGAACAAGAUAUAUUGUCAGAAAGAAUCUUAAAAAAUCAAAAAGUGAUAGAUCUAAUAGUAACUUCAUUAUUAAAUAUAAUACCAACAGGAACCUAUGGAGUCGCUUCAAGAAAAUGGCUGAAUAAUACAAAGAGCGACAUUCUGUAUGAGCCCAAAUUAGAAAUUCAAAAAUCUCUUCCUCCUAUCUUGAUCGAGGUACAAGCAAUCGUGGAAGAAAAAUUAUUUCCAUCUCCAGUUUGGGCUAAGCAAUAUUUAUUGGUGUUUGAAAAUAACGAUGAUGUUGGAAGUUGUCCUCUUGAAGCCCUUCAAGCAAUAUCUUCUUUUUUCUGCCAACAAAAGGCAACACUAUUUGAUCAUUCAUAUAGCAAAGACAAUACCAUUAAGCUUUUAUAUAAGAUAGCGAGAGAGAUAACUAUUGAAGAAACCCAAUAUGAAAAUAACUCUCGAAACAUUUUGGAUAUAGUCUUGGCAAAUAAUGAAAAGUGUUUAAACCAAAUUAAAAAGUCUUUAGCAGGUGUACAUGAUAUUAGAAAGACAGAAAAAUUAAUUGAAAAAGGACUUACGUACAACACUACAAUCAAAAGACAGAUAGCCAAUAUAUCCACAGACUCUGAAAGCGAUUUAGAAUUUCCUGAAAAGUUACCUGUUGGUGUCGAACGUUCUCCUACAUCACCUCAAUUAGCAGAAGAAAUUGCAUAUGUUAAAAUGUUCAAAACAAAUGUGAGUCGCAUGAAUUGGGCUCAAUGCCUUAAAGAAGCACACGAGAAAAAUCUCUUAUUACGUUAUUUAACUGGAACUAGUCUUCGCGUCAAUUUCAGAACGCAUAUUAAAAAUAUGUUGGAAACGUUAAGUAAUACGAUUAUGGUGCUUCAACAGCAAAAUAUGGCUAGAGUAGUUACUACUACUACCAAUAAAUCAACUAUAAACCUACCAGAGAAUGUUAAAUCACUUAGAACAAUUGUCAGACAAAAACUUGAAGAGUUGCCUAAAAGUGAACAGUACGAUUAUAGUACUACUUUUAAGCAUCAGAAACUUGCUCGCCGCAAAAAAAUGAUUGAAGAAAAUAACGAUAUCUAUAACGAGAGCAAUUAUGAGGGUCUUAAUAAAUUGAUGAUCCCAGCUUGGAUGUCAGAUGAAGAAGAGAUUUUAGAUAAGGAUCUUCAGGGAAACGCAAUAUUUCGGGCAUUACGUCCUUUUUAUAGAAGUCAAGAGUUCAAUGACAUAAUGGAUAAUCUUGACUAUAAAUGGAGUCACCCUGAAGAUCCUAGCAAAAGAAUAAAAAGAAAUAACAGGUCGACUAGAGUAGAGCCUGUGGUGACGAAUAUCAAAUUUCCUAGUUAUUUGGAUAAAGAAGAUUUUCCAGACUGGGCCUUUAGCUUUUAA